AUGGAUUCGAUCGAGCCAGAAGGUGUUGGGCAGCGUGAUCCCGAGGAAGAGUUAACGCUCAACACGCGUGUGGUGAACAAAAUCGGUGAGCGCAACGUUCGGUCCUGCAAUCUACCCCAAAAAUCGAUUCGUUUCGUCAAAGACUUGGUAACAACGCUGGUGGAAGAAAAAUGGCGUUACGCAUUGUUCGUGUUCGUGGCCAGUUACGUCGGCAGUUGGGUGGUGUUUGCCGGUCUGUGGUACAUUCUAUCGUACGCGCACGGUGAUCUGCUGGAGCAAAAUCCAGCCACGGGCGAGCGGAUGGGCGACGGUGUAAUGCCGUGCGUGCAAGGUGCAACAACCUUCCCCGGCUUCCUGCUCUUCAGCAUGGAAACACAAAUAUCGACCGGGUACGGUGAAAAGGUCCCAACCGAGGAGUGUCCCGAAUCGUUCGGAUUGCUCACGAUACAGCUGAUCGUCGGGCUGCUGAUCGACGGUGCGAUUCUUGGCGUGGUGUACGCCAAGCUGGUCCGUCCACCGCAGAAGAUAUCGGAGAUGAAGUUUAGCAGACGGGCGGUGAUCUGCCAGCGGGAUGGGCAGCUUUGCUUCGUUUUUCGCAUCUGCGAUCGUAAGUGGCAGCAUGCGAUCGAGACGAAGGUGACGGCCGUCAUGCUCGAAUCGAGACGCACGCUAGAGGGGGAGCUGGUCGAAAAGCACGAAUCGUAUCUGAAGCUUGAGAACGAUGGGCGGUUGGUGUUGCUGUGGCCAGUUACCGCUUGCCAUGUGAUCGAUCGCGACAGUCCGCUGUACGAUCUGUCGGCGGAGGAACUGCUCCGGCGAAAGUUGGAAAUUGUGAUAACGAUAACGGGCGGCACGAUGACGACGGGACAAAUUAAUCAGGCGCGCACCUCGUACGUACCGGGUGAGAUUUGCUGGGGCCACCGGUUCCGUAACAUGGUGGAGUACGAUUCACGCAAGCAGUCGUUUGUCGCGGUGAACGCGCGAAUGCACGAUAUAGAGCCGGUCGAUACGCCGCUGUGCAGUGCGCGUCAGUUGGACAUUUUGAGGAAACGAUUACAGCAGAAGGAUGUGACGGAAGAAAAGCAUCCGGAACCAUCGUAA